GACGGGACCGGGAUCGGCACCGGGAUCAUCACCGGGAUCGGCACCGGGAUAAACACCGGGAUCAUCACCGGGAUCACCGCCGGGAUCACCGCCGGGGCCGCCCCGGCUCCGCGCAGCGCCGGGAGCCGCGGCCGCAGAGGAAGCGCCGCUGUCCAGCGUGGGAAGAGGCCAAAAUGGGUCGGAAAAAAAUCCAGAUCAGCCGGAUUUUGGACCAGCGGAACCGGCAGGUGACCUUCACCAAGCGGAAAUUUGGGCUGAUGAAGAAGGCGUACGAGCUGAGCGUGCUGUGCGACUGCGAGAUCGCCCUCAUCAUCUUCAACAGCACCAACCGCCUGUUCCAGUACGCCAGCACCGACAUGGACAAGGUGCUGCUCAAGUACACCGAGUACAGCGAGCCCCACGAGAGCCGCACCAACUCCGACAUCCUCGAGACGCUGAAGCGCAAAGGGUUGGGGCUGGAGAGCCACGAGCUGGAGCUGGAGGAGGGCCCGGAGCCACCCGGGGACAAGGGGAGAAGGCUCGGGGACAGCGUGGAUCUGGCGCUGGCGCGGCCCAGGUUUUAUAGCCCGGUGCCGCUGCCCGAGGCCGCCUACGGCAGUUCCCCGCCGGGCCUGGACGGGGCCGGGGGCAGCACCGGGAGCUCCCCGCAGGGCCCGGGCCGCUCUCCCGCCCUCAGAGCCGCGGCUCCGAGGCCACCGGGGCGGUCCCCAGGGCCACUGCCCCCAGGUCUCAGCUACCCCCUGUUCCCCGCCGCCAGCCUCGGCCGCGCCCUGGCCACCAAGACGCCCCCGCCGCUGUUCCUGGGGGCCGAGGGCCGGCGUGGCGAGUCCCCGGGCAGCCUGGCCAGCGGCCGGAGCGGUGGCAGCGCGGCGCGGCCGCUGUACCCCGCCCUGCAGAGCCUGAGCCCCGCGCUCAGCCCGGGCAGCUCCGGCCUCGCCGCCUUCCCCUUCCUCAGCCCGGCGCCAGCGGAUUUUGGGGCUGGCGAGGUCCCGCCGCCCCCCGGCUUCCUGCAGCCCCCAGCGUGGCAGCACCCAAGGGACAUGGCAGCGCUGGGGGCCAGCAGCAGGCCCGUCCCCGCGGAGGAGCCAGCCCCUGUCCCCGGCGUGUCCCCUCAGGCCAUCAGCAUCAAAUCGGAGCGGGUGUCACCGGGGCUGGGCUGUCCCCCGGGCCAGCCCCCCCUGCCCAGCCUGGCGCCCCUCAGCGAAGCCCCCCGAGCCCCCGGAGAGCUCCAGCCCCGCGAUGACUUCGCCAAGGCCUUUCCUCCCUACGCGCCGGGGCCGGACGAGCAGAGGGUCCCCGCUGUCCCCGCUGUCCCCACGAGGAGGGGACAGCCCGCGGACGUGUGGCAGAGAUAGCCCGGCCCGCGGGGUGCGGGGACGGAGGGGUUAAACCCGGCCUGGGGGAGCAGCCCCCGCUUCUUCCUCAUCCUCAUCCUCAUCCUCAUCCUCAUCCUCAUCCUCAUCCUCAGCCCCCCCGUGCGGUGGCGGUGACAGAGGUGACACCUGCAGGGUCACUGUCCCCACCCCGGGGCUCAUUGAGACCCCCCCGCCCCUCCCUGGAGCCCCCAAAUGUCACCAGGUCCCUCCUUUCGGCCCUGCUGUCGCGGUGGUGUGGGGACACCGUCCCCGCGCCUGUCCCCAGCGUGUCCCCAGCGUGUCCCCAACCGGCGGGAGUGGCUGGCAAGUGCCACGCGGUGGCAGCAGGACUGAGAGCACCGGCAGCGGCUGCAGCGCCGCGGCCCCGGCCCGAUUCCGCCUCCAGGGGGACCGCGAGGGGACAGGG